AUGGCUAGCGAGCGGAGAGACUGCGCAUCGCGCCAUGUUGGCAGCGGCGGCAGCAUGUACGAAAGCGAGCACUUCAACCUCGGUGCAGCAUCGAACCUGCAGCUCGGUGGCCAAAGCAGCAUUGCAAGAGGCGGCCCACGUUCCCUCGACUUCAUCACGCCCACGGCGCCAGCAGCGAGUGGCUGGGAGGAGGAGGAAGGGGUCUUCGUCGCGCUGCCGGCGGGACGAAAGCUGCAGAUGGACAUCCUCAGCACUUGGGGCGAUCCUUAUUACGUCGGGCUGGCCGCCAUCGAGGCAUUCGACAGCGCAGGGCUGCCGGUUGACCUAUCCGCAGGUCGGAUUUGGGCCUCGCCCGCCGACAUCAACGUCCUCCCAGAAUGUUCGGACGACCCGCGAGUUGUGUCCAACUUGACCGAUGGAGUCUGUGCCACCUGCAACGACAACCACCUGUGGCUGGCUCCAUACACCGCUGGCGAGCGCAACCUCUUGGGGAUUGAGCUUCCCGCGCCCUGCCGGCUCUCGCUCGUGAGAGUCUGGAACUACAAUAAAUCGAGAAUCCACUCAUACCGAGGUGCGCGUCGAAUUGAGCUGCGGCUCGACGGCGCGCUCAUCUUUCGCGGCGAGAUCAACAAGGCUUGCGGGAACGUGGUGGACGCCUUUGCGUGCGCCGAAAGCAUCUUGUUCACGCUCGAGCCGCAAACGCUCACCGCCAUCGAGGCGCACGACCUAUGCUGCCACUCGCCUGAGCACGACUCUGACGCCUUCCGUACGGAGCGGCCGCACACGCCCGGCGCAGAGGCCGGCGCUCUAGAGUGCCGGCCCCGCGUCAUUCCGAGCGAAGUCACGGCCGUCGCUGCACGGCCUGCGACCUCGGCUGGCCAGCGCGAGCCUGCGCCGCGGGCAGCCGGGUUCAUGCCGUCUCUGCCCCCGAUGCAAGAUUACGAGGUGCGGCUCCAUCCACACGGAAAGCAGCUGGUUUUGCUCUGCGAGUCCACCUGGGGCGACCCGCAUUAUUUGGGCCUAAACGGGCUCGAGCUCCUAUCGCCAGAGGGAACAACCAUCGAUCUCCAACGAGCUGCGAUCACCGCCGAUCCUAUCGGUGUCAUCGCUCUUCCAGGGAUGCACGGGGACACACGGACCGUGGACAAGCUGCUGCUGGGCGGAGACUGCGCGUGGGGGUGGCUCGCGCCGUACAGUCUUGGCGCGAGCGCUUCGGUUACUCUCACGAUGCCAAACACGGUGACCAUUGGAGCCGUUCGCAUUUGGAACUACGCAAAGACGCCGGCGCGCGGGGUGCGUUCGUUCCAGCUGCUACUUGAUGGCGCGCUCAUCUUUCAGGGUGUGCUCCGUGCGGCGCCGCAGCGACGCGCCGACGCAGCGCUGCCCCCCCCCGCAACUGGCAGCGACUACAAAGUGCAGACAGUUCUCUUCACGGACAACGAGGCUCUGAUCGAUGCGGAGCGACACCACGUGUACAGUUCCGAGGAGCUUGUUGAGGAGCUGCAGAUCUUUGACAACGGCGUGCUCGCCAACCAGGUGCUGCCGCCGUCGGACCGGCAGGCAAGACCCAUGACCGCCUGCAUCCGUCCCGGCGGUCGAGCUGCUUGA